AUGCCUGUCCUGGAAAUUAAAACAAACUUGGCCAAAGACAAGAUUCCAGCUGAUUUUCUCAAAAGCGCUGCUGAUAAAUGUGGCCAGGUUACCGACAAACCUUUAGAGGUAAACCUUUAAUGAACUUUCUUAAUAUACUGGUUUGCUAAUUCAUAUACGCAUCUAUGUAUUAUUAGAAACCCAUUUAUAUAUAUAAACCCAAAAAAUGUCAUCAAAGUUUGCUGCCAAUCCUUUAUAGACCAAAAAUUUGUAUUACUUUUCAUAUUACUUCAGAGAGUAGCCUGUCACAUUCAAACCGACCAGUUGAUGACAUUUGGAGGAUCUGACAGUCCUUGUGCCAGUAUUACCAUCCGGUCGAUUGGUAACAUUAAAGACCGUUCUGACAAAAUAGCCAAAGAAUUGACUGAUUUUCUAGCUGCAUCGUUAGGAAUUGGCAGCGACAGGUCAGUUAAAAAUUUUUAAAAAACUUUCAAAAUUCCGGUUUUUAAAACCUAAAUCAAGAUAAUGUUACCUUUACAAAUAAAAUUAUUUUUAGGUUUUACAUCCUGUUCCACGACAUGGGAUCAGAUGACGUCGCCCACAAAGGACUGGUAGUCACCGAAUUGAGAAAAGCUUAA